AUGAUGCCGCAGAUCAUCGAGCGCGACAGCGGCUUUAGGGUUGCCUUUGUUGAUCCUUCUUUCCACGCUGUCAAACUCGAGGAAGAGGAGGAGAGAUUGACCAGGGCAGAGGAAAUGCGGAAAGAUAAGGAAAGACAGGACGAGGAGAAGAACGCUGAGGCUGCUCCAGGUGCGGCUGCAUUUGUUGACGCGGAGACUGACGGCAACGCAGAGACUGACGGCAACGCAGAGGAGGCUCAUGACUUUCGGUGCCCCUGCGGCGUUGACGUGGUCAAUUGGGUCCUGGGAUUUUUUAUGUUGGUGUUCAAUCGUGCCAUUGGACUGGCUCGCUUCAGAAAUCUUGGUAGCGGAACGGACCCGACCGACGCACUCAGCAUAAUAGCAGAGACUGGCGAUGAUGAUGACGCGACUUCGACUGUCGAUCUGGAAUUGAGGAAGGCCACCCGUACUGCGAAGGCCAUCGCGGCUGCUGAGGAGCUAUCGAGUAUUGAUGAUUACGAGCCUGCUGAGUCCGAGGCAUGGACGACACUUCCAUCGCAAGGCGUGAGCGAUCUGGAACAUACGAAGGGCAGCAACGCAGGUCCGGACGUAGAGGCAGUUGCAGCCGCAGCCUCCGUCGGUGAUCCAGCCUUGGACACAGUUGAGUUUACCCAGGAGGUGCUCUACAAUGGACUCAAACCAGAGAAGCACGAUAUUGCCAUCAAGCGCUGGGGGGCUUCGAUCAAGGGGCCUGGCGCAGACGAGAACGCGGAGGGAUGGUCACUCGUUAGUGGCGACAGGCUCAGAGACGAGGAGUCGGAUUGA